GGCUAAGCUUAAUAGCUACGCAGAACUCCCAAACCUUUUUAUUUAUUUAUUUGCGAACGGCUGUAUACAACUCCAAUUUUGGAUUCUCCGUCGACGAUGCCGGAGAAGACGACGUCCAUUGAUUACGUGAUGGAGGCCGCCUCCGGUCCUCACUUUUCCGGCUUACAUCUCAAUGCCCGAUUCCUUCCUUCUUCAAGAUCACCAUCCUCCUCCCUUCUUGCCGACUCCGCCUCAGCACUCAAACAGCCAUUCGUCAUUGGGGUUUCUGGGGGUACUGCUUCGGGUAAGACGACGGUUUGUGACAUGAUUAUUCAACAACUUCAUGAUCAUCGUGUUGUGCUUGUCAAUCAGGAUUCAUUUUAUCGUGGCUUGACUGCUGAAGAAUCUGAACGUGCCCAUGAGUAUAAUUUUGAUCACCCUGAUGCUUUUGACACAGAGCAAAUGCUAGAGUGUGUUGAAAAACUCAAACAAGGAAACCCGGUCCAUCUUCCAAUAUAUGACUUUAAAAACCACCGCAGAUGUUCCGAGUCCUUCCGCCAGGUGAAUGCAUCUGAUGUAAUUAUCUUGGAGGGAAUACUGGUGUUUCAUGACCAAAGAGUUCGUGACUUAAUGAAUAUGAAGAUAUUUGUUGACACAGAUGCUGAUGUGAGGCUUGCUCGUAGAAUAAGGCGAGAUACAGUUGAGAGGGGUAGGGAUGUUAAUUCUGUGCUUGAGCAGUAUGCUAAGUUCGUUAAACCUGCUUUUGAUGAUUUUGUUCUUCCAUCGAAAAAGUAUGCCGAUGUUAUCAUACCACGAGGAGGCGAUAACCAUGUGGCAAUAGACUUGAUUGUGCAACAUAUACGCACAAAGCUUGGUCAACAUGACCUUUGCAAAAUAUAUCCCAACAUAUAUGUAAUUCAGACGACAUUCCAGAUUCGAGGCAUGCACACAUUGAUUCGAGAUCGAGAGAUAUCAAAGCAUGAUUUUGUAUUUUAUUCAGAUCGACUCAUUCGAUUGGUUGUGGAACAUGGCCUUGGUCAUCUACCAUUUACUGAGAUGCAAGUAGUCACUCCAACAGGAUCGGUAUAUAGUGGAGUUGACUUUUGCAAAAAACUGUGUGGUGUCUCGAUUGUUCGGAGUGGUGAAAGUAUGGAGAAUGCACUGCGUGCAUGCUGCAAAGGCAUAAAAAUUGGAAAAAUCCUGAUCCACCGUGAUGGUGACAAUGGGCAGCAGCUUAUCUAUGAAAAGCUCCCGAAAGACAUCUCAGAAAGACAUGUGCUUCUCCUUGAUCCAGUUCUUGCUACAGGUAAUUCAGCCAAUCAGGCAAUUGAACUACUCAUACAAAAAGGAGUACCAGAAUCAUACAUAAUAUUCCUCAACCUCAUCUCGGCCCCGGAGGGAAUCCAUUGUGUUUCAAAAAGGUUUCCAUCGGUGAAGAUAGUAACAUCAGAGAUUGAUGUUGCUUUGAAUGAAGAGUAUCGUGUCAUACCUGGUCUUGGAGAGUUUGGUGACCGUUACUUUGGCACUGACGACUGAUAUCAUAGACAGACAGUAAGACGAUUGAUGGUUGGGAUGAGAUCAGAGAUAAGAGUAACAAACUGUCAUGAGGUUUCUUUUUUCCCUUAAUCAACCAUCAAGUUUGAUUUUGUACCCUUUCUGCUGAUGCCUGUUGUGCUUUGAUGGUUAUUGGGUGUAAAUAUUAAGGCAUGGAUCUUAUAUUACUCUUUUUCGGGGGAUCAAAUUGCAUAUAACCGGUUAUUGCAAGAUACUCCUAUGUCAUGUUCUCUAUUUUCGUAAAUAUUUACUGCUGACACUUUGUGUUGCUGAAUUUUGUAAAAAAUUGGCUUUCAAUUGGGUUUGUGUUCGAAUAUGC